CUCUCAAGUUUUGACAGCUAAACACAAUAAAUUAAAAAUAAAUAAGAUUAUUAAAAUUAAACUGUAAAUUUCAACUUAAUUAGAUUUCAUAGUAACUUCGAAGUAGUCAAAUAAACAUAAUGACCACAGAAACUGUACAAAAUGCGACGAAAACGUUUAAGUUUUCAUUUCCAACGUGUACUAAUGAAGAAAUACUAUUUAAAUUGGAAGUACCGGUGGAGAUUCCUUAUGAAGGAUCUUCUCGGGAGCUAGUUCAAAGAGUUAUAAAGAUGUUUCAUAUACCAGUGUACUUGGAAGACAAAUUAAAUGAAGAGCUAGCCAGUUUCAUAGCCGAUGAAACAAAGAAUUUUUACAAUGAACGAGAUGAGAAGCUGCUCAACCAAUUGAAGAAUGGCGAACUCAAUAUAGAGGGAAUUAUAAGGGGCUGGGAGAAAUCUUUCAAAGAGAAUGUAUUAGAGUUUGCGGAACAGAAGGGUUCAUCAGAUGAAGAAGUUUUUGCUGCAGCAUACCAUAAGUUAGUUCAUUCACCGGCUUUGGAAACAAUUCUACAAGUGGAGAGUUCUUACGCUAAAACCGUGAUGAAUAUGAUACAGAAUAGAGAUGAAGAUAUUAAGAAACUAACUGAGAGACAAACAGAAGAAAUGGAGGAAAAGAUCCGCCUUCUGAAUGUAUCGAGCACAGAGGAGGAAAUUAACGCUCUAGCGGCGAAACAUUUCGAAGAACAAAGUGUUGCGUCUGGCCGGUGGGAGUCGCAGUUAGAUGCGUUAAGACACGCGCAGAGGGCGGCGCAUCGCGCUUGGCUGAUGACAGCUAUUGAUGAUUAUCAGCUGAACGAGAAUGCUACUCCGAGCAACUCGCCGCUCUGUUCGUUCCCGCCCGAGCUGCCCGGGCCGGUGCAGCCAGCUCCGCCCCGCCUCGAGGAAAGCUUCACCAUACACCUGGGCUCGCAGCUCAAGCAGACACACAAUAUACGCCUGGUCGCCGUGGACAUUAUGGACCUGUGCUCAGUGAAUCGGGGCGAUAGUGGCACAUGGAAUCGGGUCCAGCCAGCAUUAGCGCUGUACUCAAAUGACUUGAGUGCAGUGGUGCUACUCGCAGACCACAAACCGACUAGGUCACCUCUCAUCAAAUUGGCUCGGCAGGCCACUGAACACCAUUUUGACGAUGUGGAAAUACAGUUGAGAGAUAUUAGUGAAAAAGUGCAGGAGCCGGCCGAGAGGCGCAACGCGGAGCGCGGCGCGGGGGGCGGCGCGGCGGGGGGUGCGGGGGGCGGUGCGGGCGGCGCGGGGAGCGCGGGGCGGCGCGCGCUGCGGGCGGGCGACGUGUACGUGACGCGGCACACCAACCUGGCCGAGCCGCACCUCGUGUACCACCUCGUGCUGGACGACGAGCAGAUGCGUGCAGGUGACAUAACUUCCCGCCACCCCGCAAUCCUCGCUCUGCGCAACAUAUUGAAGUCGGCCUGCUGCAAUGACGUCACAAAUAUCACGAUACCACUUUUACUGAGACACGAUCUUACUGAGGAGAUGACGAUGUCCUGGUGCAUGCGCCGCGCCGAGUUAGUGCUAAAGUGCGUGAAAGGAUUUGUUCUGGAGUCGAGCGGUGGUGGGGGGGCGGAACUGCGCACACUCACCGCAGCUCUGCCCCCCUCCACAGGGCCGGCCCUGUUCGCGGCCCUAGCCGACUUGUUAGCCGCCACAUUCAGACUGGCCGGCCCUGUGCGGCAGGCUAAGUGAUUGGUACAGGACGGUGCAGUGGUGCACGUGGCAGGGGACUGACGCAAAUUGUAAAUGUGGCUAGUGAAAGGGGACUGACGCAAAAUGUAAUUGUGGCUAGUGAAGGGGGACUGACGCAACGUGUAAUUGUGGCUAGUGGAGGGAUAUUGAUGCAAAGUGUAACUGUGGCUUGUUGCAGAAGACUGACUUAAAGUACUGGUAGAGCAUAUGGCAGGGGACUAAUGUUGAUAACUGGUGUUGUAUGUGACAAGGAAUUGCUUGGAGUCAUCAUCAAAGUCAAUCAUCAGCCUAUAAUUGUUUCCACUGAAAGUAUCUAGAUAUCUAAGAGGAGAGUACUGAAAUAACAUUAUUUAUAUAACUUACUAUUUAUUGACAUAUGCGACUGAAUGGUUGGGGUUUGACUAGUAGAACUGAACUCAUAGGUACCUCCCGCCUGACAUUAUUUACCGCGGCUAAAAAUCUCAUUCCCAUAGUUUUUCAUUCAUAAAUGUCAUGAGGUCAAUUGAUCUGAAUCAGUUAGAAAUUGUAAUAUAGUUAUUUAAGUAAAUAUCUUUAUAUUAUGUACCUAUGUUUAUUUGAAGGAACUAUUAUUAGAUAAAACUUAUUACUGAAUAAUACAAUAUGUGAAUAA